GAGAGAGAGAGAGAGAGACAGAGAGAGAGAGACAGAGAGAGAGAGAGACAGAGAGAGAGAGAGAGAGAACUCAAUGUCUCAAACUCGAACCAGUAUGGAUGUUGAGAAAGCCUUCCACAUGACAGGAGGAGUAGGAGAAACUAGCUAUGCUAGAAAUUCUUCACUUCAGAAGAAGGCUUCUGAUGUGGUGAAACACAUAACCAUAGAGACAAUUCAACAACUUUAUCUUACGACAACUCCAAGGAGCUUAGGCAUAGCUGAUUUAGGUUGUUCAUCCGGGCCAAAUACAUUAUCAUUUAUCAAAGAUAUCUUUGAUGCUGUUGAAGGGACAAGCAGUCAAACUUUGCUUCCUGCGCCAGAAUUCCGAGUUUACCUCAAUGAUCUUCCCACCAAUGACUUCAACACAAUCUUUAAGGCCUUGCCAGAUUUCUACAAGGAGCUCAGAAAAGGAAGCAACGGGCGUCCAUCAAUUUUCAUUGCAGGUUUUCCAGGGUCAUUCUAUGGAAGACUUUUUCCCAACAACUGCCUGCACUUCAUCUAUUCCUCCUACAGUUUGCACUGGCUCUCCCAGGUUCCUCCGGCUCUUUAUGACGAGCAGGGCAGAUCAAUAAAUAAAGGCAAUAUCUAUAUUUCAAAAUCCAGCCCUCCAAGUGUGUCUGAAUUAUACUUGAGGCAAUUUCAAGAGGACUUCGCACUCUUCCUCCGGUCACGAUCUGAAGAGCUGAUUGAGGGAGGAAGAAUGGUGCUGAUCCUAUUGGGAAGGAGAGGUCCAGAUCAUGCUGAUAGAGGCAACACGUUCUUCUGGGAGCUCCUCUCUCGAUCCUUAGCCAUUUUGGUUUCUUGGGGAGAAGUUGAGGAGGAAAAGCUCCACUCUUAUGCAGUUAAUUUUUAUGCGCCAACGAAAGAAGAAAUAGAAGAGGAAGUGAGAAGAGAGGGUUCUUUUGAAUUGGAUCGGGUGGAGAUGUUUGAAAUAGAAAAAGAUGGUGCAGAUGAUAUGAGCUAUGGAACCCAAGUUGCAAGGACAGUUAGAGCUAUCCAGGAAUCAAUGAUUAGCCUCCACUUUGGAGAAGGAAUUGCAGAUAGUUUGUUUGAGAACUAUGGAAGACUGGUGGAUGAAGAAAUGGCUAAGGAAGAUAUCAGGCCCAUCACUUUUCUUCUGGUCCUUAGAAAAAGUAUGAUAUGAAUCAUGAAAAGCAAACUUGGAAAAGAUGAUAUGUAUAUAUUAAUGCUUUGCUCUUGCAUUUAACUAUAUAGGGUGACACAAGUGAAAAUGGUUUGUGUAGAAAGCAAUAAAAGUUGUGAGCUUUGGGUUGGAGAAGACCAAAA